AUGCAUCUUCUCCAGAGUCUUGCGCGUGUGGCGGGCUUCAUGGGCCUCGCCCGGAGGCAGUUUGAUCCCGACUCUACUCCCUUUGAGGACGCGGAGACCGGCUUGACCUUCGCCUCGUACACCAGUGACCGCGGUAUUAUCUUCCGCGUGGCCAUCCCUGACCCUGUCCCCGAGGACAAGGUUUUCGACACUGUUCUCCAGAUUGUGUCGCCCGCAGACGUUGGCUGGGCUGGAUUCGCUUGGGGCGGCCAUAUGACAUACAACCCCCUCGCCAUUGGGUGGGCGGACGGGGCCGGUAGCGUCGUCUUGUCGUCGCGGAUCGCUUACGGUUACUUCAGCCCCCCGGAAAACCCGGAUGCGCAGUACACCGUCCUCGAGACCGGAACGCACGCCAACGAGACCCACUGGCAGGUCACGGCCAAGUGCACCGGGUGCUCGAGGUGGGGCGACGAUGACAUGGGCUACACCGAAAUCGACCCCUCGGCCCAGACUACGGUGGCCUUUGCCUACUCGGAUACUCCCGUUGACACCCCCGCCGACCCGGCGAGCAACUUUGGCAUCCACGACAGCCUGGGACACCCCAUCUACGACCUGGCUACCGGCAAGAAUGCCGACUUUGAUGAGAAGGUGGCGGCCCUCUAA